UCCAGGCCCCGGGGGCUCAUGCUGACCGACCAGACCCCCACCACCAUGGAGGCCUCCUGGGCAUCGCCGAGCCGUCGGCUGCUUCUGGGCUACCUGCUGCGCCAGGCCGGGGUCGGAGGCCGGGGGUCAGAGGUCAGGCUGCCCGCCCACGUCCACCACGUCACCUACAGGCGCCUGAAGCCUGGCACCAAGCAGACGGUGUGCGUCAGGGCCAUAUACCCCCGGGGGGUGAGCCAGCCGCUCUGCGCCACCACCAGGACGCCCAGAGGCAAGGUACCCAGGCCCAUCCUGUGCCCACCAUUCUGGCAUUGACCUGCUUCCUGCUCUGUGAGGGUGAUCUUAACCCUCACGCUCCGAAGGCUGGAAUUCCAGACUGUGAACUAUCCCUUCCCAUCAGCGCUGAGUCAGGCGAUGACUCUGGACCAGGAGGGAACAUUCCCAGGACCACGUUGGAGACGGAUGGCCCCCACUUACUUUCAGAAUGGGACCAGGGUCACAGAGCGCAGGAUUCAGGAGCAUGUCUUGGACUUUUCCCGAAGAGCCAGGAGCCCCUCGAGCCUCGGAUGGGCUGGUCCCGGGGGUCACGCUCAACCCCAGCAGCCAAUUCCCCCACCACCAACCACCCCCGUCCCCCACCCCGCUCCC